AUGGAGAGGUAUAAUUUAAUAAAAGAAGUUGGUGAUGGAACUUUUGGGAAUGUUUGGCGCGCUGUCAAUAAACAGACGGGUGAAGUUGUUGCCAUUAAAAAAAUGAAGAAGAAGUAUUACUCUUGGGAAGAAUGUGUUAAUCUGAGAGAAGUGAAGUCGCUUAGCAGAAUGAAUCAUCCAAACAUUGUGAAGCUGAAGGAAGUCAUCCGGGAAAAUGAUAUCCUAUACUUUGUGUUCGAGUACAUGGAGUGCAAUCUUUACCAGCUUAUGAAGGAUCGACCUAAGCUUUUUGCAGAAUCUGAUAUCCGAAAUUGGUGCGUUCAAGUCUUUCAAGGCCUUUCUUACAUGCAUCAGCGUGGAUACUUCCACCGUGAUCUUAAGCCAGAAAAUCUAUUAGUCUCUAAAGAUGUCAUUAAGAUUGCUGAUCUUGGACUGGCCCGGGAGAUCAAUUCGAGUCCACCUUAUACAGAGUAUGUCUCUACACGCUGGUACAGGGCACCUGAAGUACUGCUACAGUCAUAUGUGUACACGUCAAAAGUUGAUAUGUGGGCAAUGGGCGCUAUUAUGGCUGAGCUGUUGUCUCUUCGCCCUCUUUUUCCCGGAGCAAGUGAAGUAGAUGAGAUCUACAAAAUCUGCAGCGUGAUAGGCAGCCCAACUGAAGAGACAUGGUUGGAGGGGCUUAAUCUUGCUAGCGUUAUCAAUUACCAAUUCCCUCAGCAUCCUGGUGUACACCUUUCAAGCUUGAUGCCAUAUGCCAGUGCAGAGGCGGUUAACCUUGUUGAGCGGCUUUGCUCGUGGGAUCCGUGCGAUAGACCGACCGCUGCGGAGGCUCUGCAGCAUCCUUUCUUCCAGAGUUGCUACUAUGUUCCACCAUCUCUCCGUCCCAAGCAAUCUUUUGGACCGAGAGGGAAUCUUGAGCAGCAGCAGCAGCAAUCUGUCAAGAGGUUGCCGGCGACUGUGACCAAUAAUGCUAAUAAUAAGCCUUAUAACAGUUAUGCUACUCCAAAGAUGAAUGCUCCUUUUGGCACUGGUGCGGUUCAGCGGAAGGUGGAUAUGGGUAAUAAGGUUAACCAGGACACGGCAUGGAACAACAAACCUGUGGGAGGUUAUCACGUCAAAGAUGCAAAGUAUAUACCACCACCUGGAAGGAAGAGUCCUCCAUCUAUGAACAAGAACUGGGGCGUUGCUCGUGGGCCAUCAGAGACUGCAAAUAGAGUGGCAAAUGCAGCAAUGGGAGGAACAUGGAGUCAAAGUCAAAGGCAGACACAACGACAACCGGCGAUGAAGGCAGGAUGGGUUGGAGAAAGUGGUGACGUGUUCCUCAGACCUACUCAGCCUCCAAAUCCCUACUCUAGGAGAAUCGCCGAGCGGUCGCACGAGUGGCACUUUGUGUAUCUUUUGGCACGACGGCUCUCCAGUUAUCACCGUCUCGUCGCCGAUCGGAAGACGGAGGCAGUAACGAGCUAUAGAUGGGAAAAGGCGGGAAAAUCUAUGGUGUUGAAAGUUCCUCACUCAACACUGCGAUCACAUAACGGCACUUGCUUCACUAAAGACAUCUGA